UGCGCAUGUACUUACCGGUGGAAAAGACAUGGCAGGUGUUUCGGCUGCUUCUUACUGUUGACUAUUUUUAAUAGAUAAGAAGUUAUUUAGGAGUUGCCUGAAGGACAAUGAUAACACGUGCAUUAAGUAAUAAUUUGUAAAACUUAUUUUAAGUAAUUGAGCAUCAAAAUUAUUGUAAAUCAUGUCGAACACACGAGAAGUAGAGGUACAAAGUCUUAAAGAACGCGGAAAUGCAUGUGUGAAAGAUCAAAAAUACGAAGAGGCUAUGUUUCAUUACACUCAUGCCAUUAAUCUAGAUCCACAAAAUUAUUCUUUAUAUAGCAAUCGAUCAUUUGCAUUUUUAAAAUUACAUCAGUAUCAUUUUGCAAUGGAAGAUGCACUGAUGACAAUUCAAUUAAAACCUGAUUGGACCAAGGGCUAUUUUAGAAAAGCUGAAGUAGAAUCGCAAACAUUUCGCUUUAGUGAGGCACUUCAGUCUUAUAAUAAAGCUUUAUCUCUACAACCAAAUGAACCAACAAUUUUAGAAGCAAUGAACAGAGUAUCCAAAUUAUUAAUUAAAGACAAACGAGCUGACCAACAAAUACCCUGGCUUGGUGCUGGUGUUGGUAUUAUACUUGGAGUAAUAGUUGUAAUUGCCGAUUAUGUUUUUACAAAUAAACCUACAUUAACGCAUCCUCUUUUGAUGGCCUUAUUAACAAUGUCUAUAGCAAUGCUAGGUUUUGGCAUUGCGAAGGGGUUCCGUUAUUUUGUAAAGUGUCAAAGAAAAUCUCUUUUGGAACCUCCAGUGGAUCUCCUCGGUGAUAAUAAAGAAGAAUCUGAUGAUGUUGAAAAUGAAAUGAACAAUGAGAAAGAAAAACAUCCCAAAUAUACGGCCAGGGGCACAGGGCUGAGGGCUGAGGGCUCGUCAGGGCCUAGAAUAACGUUUACGGGACGGCCGUGGGCCAGUCCAGCUAUGGAACAGACGAAAACUCCCGCGUCCCGGCUACUUAGCACGAGUUGCAUAGAGAAUAAGGACGACUUGGAAGAGAAAUUUGAAAGAUGUUAUACAGUGCUUCAAAACCUGACUGCAGGAUUAUCUGAAAAAGAAGCCCAUGAUACAUUAAAUAAUGCUGUGUGUAAAGACAAGACACAUGAAGAAGUUUCAUUAGGAUUGUUGGUAGUCAUUUUGACAGAUCCACAAAGUGCUGCAAAAAGUUACAGAGACUUGACAUUAAUUACACGAGAUGGUCUUGCAAUUGUGUUAGGGCACCUUAAUCAAUUAGUACUUGAAAGAUACCUACGACUGAAUGAUGUGACCAGAAGUCAGUUAUUAUGGCUGUUAAGGGAAAUGAUAAGAACUAGUGUAGCUAGUGUGGAUAACCUUUGUUUAAGUUUAUUAAGGCAUGCUGCUGGUGGUGAUAUUUCACCACGAAAUUUGUUUUUAGUUGAUGCACUUCUAGAUAUUUUUCAAGAAAAUCGACCUUGGCUGGAUAAGUUUCCUUUUUUAGUAGCAUCCAUUGUUUACACUUAUUUACGAUUAAUAGAAGAUCAUAUUGCACCUCAUUUAUCUGGUUUGCGUCAGAAAGAAGUUACCUUUACUGUAUCUUUAAUAAGAGAACGCAUGGUUGAUUGUUUGGUUAUUGGAAGGGAUUUGGUACGCUUAUUACAAAAUGUGGCACGGAUACCUGAAUUUGAGGCACUUUGGAAAGACAUUCUUCUCAAUCCAAAGUCUCUUUGUCCAAAUUUCAAUGGUGUCCUUCAACUUCUACAAACUAGAACAUCUAGAAGGUUUCUACAGUCUAGACUUACACCUGAUAUGGAGAGAAAAUUAGUAUUUUUAACCAGUCAAGUGCGUUUUGGUAAUCAUAAACGAUACCAAGAUUGGUUUCAAAGGCAGUACCUGGCUACACCAGAAUCACAAUCCUUGAGAUGUGACCUUAUAAGAUUUAUUGUUGGUGUUAUUCAUCCAACAAAUGAGUUGUUAUGUUCAGAUAUCAUACCACGAUGGGCAGUAAUAGGAUGGUUAUUUACAACUUGUACAUCAACUGUGGCUGCAAGUAAUGCUAAAUUGGCUUUAUUUUAUGACUGGUUAUUCUUUGAACCUGAGAAAGAUAAUAUUAUGAAUAUUGAACCUGCAAUUCUUGUCAUGCACAAUUCUAUGAGAUCCCAUCCACCAGUCACUGCCACACUGUUAGACUUUUUAUGCAGGAUAAUACCAAAUUUCUAUCCACCCUUAACAGAAAAAGUGAGAAAUGGAAUCUUUUCAUCAUUAAGACAGAUUUUAGAGAAACGGGUUUUGCCGAGUCUUUAUCCAUUGUUCGACAGUCCUAAGUUAGACCGCGAAUUAAGGAGCAAAAUAAGAGAAACGUUCAAAGAAUUCUGUUUACCACCUAAUGCAGAUCCUGGUAAAAUGGAGGAACUUAGUAAGGAUCUAACACCAGGAGUUAUAUUGGAAAAUGCAGCAAACAUACCAGUCGAAAAUAAUCAUGUAAAUCAAGACCCAGAACCAGCUUUUAGUGAUGAAGAAGAAGAAAUGCCAUUAAGGAUAGUGACUAAGGUUGAAGAAGAAGAUGAAGAAGAUGUUCCAUUGGCAAAUGUGAAGUUGAAAAAUGAACAAAAAAAUGCAAAUUGUGUUGUGAAGAAAGAAGAUAUUGCAUCUCAGUUAAAUUUAAUUUUAGAACCAGAAGAGUUAAGGACUGCUGUAGAAAGUUUGCACAGUGAAACAGACAAUGAAGUGAGGUGUCAAACGAUGGAAAGGAUAGUACAAAUGGUUGUAGAAGAUGAAAUAGACGCAGAAACUAUACCAGCAUUAGCUUCUUGCAUAUCAACUAUCUUAUCCUCACAAAUUACAUCCCAAAUAUUUCCAUCAGAUAAUUUGAAUGAAGAAGCCUUGACUGAUAGUAUAAGCACGCCGUUGUUUGUUAUGUUUCGAAAUCAGUUUCAGUUAUGUAAAGAAGAGGACAAUAGGCGGAAACUUUUAGCACGGGUGCUUGCAGAGAUUCAGAACGUUCAACCAAGGAUAGGUUACUUGUUACUGUACUUUUUAAAAGUCUGGGGCAGAGAAGAAGAAAAGCGGGAAGGCGAACCGAGUAAUAUGUUAAAUGAUGUUAAAGCAUCAGUAUAUAAAGAUUUUUGUGUACAUCGGGAGAAGAAAUUAGAUGCGUGUUUAGUAUCAGAUUUAAAGCUCUGUCAUGAAGAUAACAUAUUUAUGUUGUGUUAUCUUGUGCCUGAUAUAUAUAUGGGAUUUCAAAAUGUGGCUCUUGGAAAUGUUCAGUUAUUACAUUUGGUUGUCUCGACCGUUGAUGCAUGCCAAUUACAAGAAUUAGUUUGUCAAAUAAUGCAAGGACAUUUAAAAAUGUUAAAAAAAGAGUCAUUUACGUCACUUCUAACAGCAAGUUUAAAUUGGGAAACUUUUGAACAGUACUGUUUUUGGCAACUCAUUUUUGCCCAUGAUUUUCCAAUCGAUUAUGUAUUACCUGUUUUACCGAAAUUACAAUUUCGAGAUCAUGCAGAAGCACUAACAUCGAUAUUGUUUAUGCUUAAACAAGAAAAGCCAACGUUAGAACUUCUGCGACAAUUGCUUGCACGGCAAAACGUGGAUGGAGAUAUGUUUGUUGUAGCUGCGUUACGUUAUUGGUGCCGCGAUUACGAAGAAAAACUUGGAGAAUUACUUGCAAAUCUUUUGAGUACUCGUUAUCCUGCUACGAGUCCAAACAAACGGAAACGAUCUGGCGCUAAACAUAAUCAACAACCUGGUCCACCUAGUGGCGAACAAGUUCUUGGCCAUUUAGACCAAUUACGACAACAUUGUAUGUCAUCUGCUGAAUUGCAGCUUUAUCAUUCCGAAGGAAUGCAAAGAGCUCUGCAACAAGCACAAGCAGCGAGUAGUGAUUCCUUAAGAAAAAGUUAUGGAGAUUUAUUCGCUCUUGCGGAAGUUAACGAAGAAAAUGAACCUCCGCCACCUCCGCCAACAAGUUCGGCACGAAAACAUGCGGCAGCAUCGGCUGGAGGUGGUGGUGGUGCAGGUGGUAAAGGUCAUAGAAAAACUGGUGCUAAUACGAGGGAAAGGUCUAGUUCAAAAAGGCCGCUUCCUCGAUAUCAUUUGGACAGUACAUCUAGUAGUGAGGAAGAAGAAAUUGUAAAUGUAAAGCAAGCGAAAAAGAGAAAAAAGAUUAAUCCAGUGGGCUCCGACAGCGACUGACCACCCAGUGUCUUCAGAUGUCACAUGGACCACGUCACGUGUGUGCAGCAAGCUAAAUUAGCCUUAAGAAUAGUAAGAUAAUAUAGUGUACGUAAUAGAUAUAUCUAGCGCGACUUGUAAAUAUAGUGUAUGUCGAGAGUGAAUGCGAAACAAUAUCGAUCGUAAGGAUCUUGCACAUAUUUCGCAAACACUCUAUAUCAACAACGUUGCCAGAUUCUGUAUUUUCAUCGUUCCAUUAUCUGUGUCA